GACUUUUCAAUCCAGGAGGUGGUCUUCGUAGGAUUCGGGGGCUAGGUUGGUUGAGCCACCGAGAGAAUCCAUCCAGAACCCGGAUUGCUCGGCCGCACGAGACAAGUUUCAGCCUUCAUCUUCCUUUUUUUUCAAAUAAAUAUACGAAUACAAUACCUCUUCGAACGUUACACAAUCGCACCGCAUGAUCUCGCAAAGGUAGUCGCACGACAGUCACGGCUGCAACGGGAUCGAACGACAAACAAAGCGACGGCAGGUUCCCAUCGGUUCAGGCGGACACAACGCGAUGUUCCGCACUGGGCUGACCUGCCUGGUCGCACUUACGGACCUCUUCGGCGAAUACAGCCUCGGACGGCGACAGACUAUCCCGGCGCCAGACCCCAAUGUCGACGAGGUCUUCGACGGCGACGACGGGCUGUAUGCCCUCGACGACUUGGGCCUAUCUGACCUCCCGCAAGCGCAGUGGACGAGCACCAGGUGGGCAGAGGGCGAGCUCCCCGAGGCCUGCUACCUGUACACGCUGGAGCGGGAUCUGCUGGGAGGUAGCUGCCGGCCGUCGGAGAUGCAAGUGUAUUCGGUGACGUACGAAGACUGUGAGGACCCUUGGAUCAUCUGUCGGUGCGGCGAUGCCACAGGUGACGCCAGGACCAUGAUCCGGCAUCUGGGACAGCUUCCGGUCCAGUCUCGAGAAUACGUCCGCUACGUGAUGAUGACGGCGGAUAGGGACAACACCGCCGCACUGUCGAUAUACUGGGAAGGGGAUCUGAUCGUCUUCGGCCAGAGCAGCUCGGUAUCCCUGUUCGUCCACGAGGUAGCGCAUAACGUCGACUGGUGGGAGUUUGGACGGAACGGGUUGGCGUAUUCCGAUUUGAGUGAAUGGCACGACGCGGUAGACAACGAGACAUGCGUGGCUGCUGAGUACGCCAAAACAACGUACGGCGAAGCGUACGCAGAGACGGCUGUCAUGGUAGCGUACGACGUCAACGUGGAACCGAUCAGCGAGAUUGUCGACUACAGUUGUAUGGAAGGCACGUUCAACAUCGUCAAGGAGCAAAUGGGCGAAAUGCUCCGGUACGACGAGGGCAAGACAUGCGGCAGCAGGAUCAGGCAUGACGAGCGAGUCUGCGUGCGAGGCCGAGACAUGGUAGCAGCGUGUCCGGACAGCGGUAACGGUAACGGUGUCGGGGAAGACCACGACUCUUCGUCGGGUUCCGAGUCGGUGUCGGGGUCGGCGCCGGGUCAAGGGACGGUGACGGAGAGCGUGAUGGUGACAGCGACAUCGACAUCGACGGCGACGGAGACGGAGACAGCAACAGGGAGCGGCGCAGUGGAGUCGAUACCCGUCGGCGAUUCGAGCGCGCGGCCGGGGGUAUCGUUGGGGAAGAUUCCUUUCUUUGUAUUUCGAAGCGUUGCGCGGGUAACCAAUUUCUUGGGAGGGCGGCGGGCGUAAUAGGCGGCUGAUGGAGAUACCAUUUGGAGAAAUAAUAGAGGGCAAGUCGAGUAG